AUGGCGCUCAUAUCCGCCAAGACGAUCCUCACCUCGCUCUGCCUCUUCCACAUCACACUGGGCUUCUUCUUCCUCACCAACCCAGGGACAAUAGCCGACCAAGCAGUCGUCUACCUCCUCGGCGAGUCGAUGGGACUGCCACAUUCACGCUCCUUCGAGACACAAUCCCCCGCCCUCGCCUUCCUAGCCGUCGUCCUCGCCCUGUUCGGCCUAACCGACCUCGUCACCCUCUCCCUCCCCGACGAGAUCUGUCUGAUCCACUACUGGGGGAUGCAGGCCCCCCUCCGCACAUCAAUAUCCUUCAUCCUGACCCUCUACACCUUCUUCUUCUCCGCCUCCUCUCCCUUCUUUUCGUCCUCGUCCCAAUCCAACUCCUCAUCCUCCUCUUCUUCUUCUUCGUCGUCGUCGUCAUCGUCUUUUUCAUUCAAACACCCGUCAUCCCACCGCCACCACAACCAGGACGGCUACGCCCUGUCCACCUGGGGCGGCGACGCACUCAAGAACAGGGUGUUCUUCACGUUUAUGUUCGUUGAGACCAUGAGCUGGUUCUGGGUGUGGGUUACGCUGCAGGAGGAUAGGCGGGAGAUUCUUGCGAGGAAGGCGAGACGGAGGAGCAGUAGCUCUUCGGGACAUUUUCCUCAUUCUUAUUGA